AUGCCAAGCUUGCUGAACGAAGGGACUUGUGAUGCACCGACGGGAGAAACAAAAGACCUAAGCCAAGUUGGGUCUCUUGCCGAACGACACCUGCCGCCUAAAAAUUCUUCCUCCUCGCAGCCCUCUCGAAGGCCCAGCUCCAAACUCUUGCUAAAUCUGCAGAGCUGUAGAAGCCUCUCCGAACGGCAGGUUUCGUACUCAGACACCUUAACUAAGGGACUCGGUCACCUUGAUGAGAAUGCCCAGCUCAAGAGUAUCGAAGCUGUGAAAAAUAGGGGACUUGGCUCUGUCGCCGCAGCCCCAGCUCCUAUUUUCAAACCAGGGCCUUAG